CGGGUAGUGCCGGGCACAAAAUAGCUGAAAACACGUGCAAAUAGUCUUCUUAAGGCAAGGGAAACGCUACCCCAUUCUCAGUCGUUCUUUAUCUCCUCUUCCGAGCAAGCAGUCUCGUAUUUGUCCUCUAAAUUACAUAAAUUCGAAGGAAGAAGGUGGAAAAUGAGCAGUUCAGUGUGUUACAAAUGUAACGAGACGGGUCACUUUGCCCGUGAAUGUAGCCAAGGCGGAGGCGGUGGUGGAGGUUACGGCGGAGGUGGUGGCUUUGGAGGGUCACGUGGCGGACGAGGUGGCCCACGUGGUGGUAGUGGUGGAGGCGGCUUCGGCCGUGGUGAGUCAUCAUGCUACAAUUGCAACAAAUCCGGCCACAUCGCCCGCGAUUGUCCUGAAUCAGGAUCAAAGUCUUGCUACAACUGCGGCAAGAGUGGACACAUCUCCCGUGAAUGUGACGCUCCAGACAACCGCGGAAGCGGAGGCGGUGGACGUGGUGGUGGCGGCGGCGGUGGAUACGGUGGACAAAGCCGUGACUGCUACAGCUGCGGCAAAUCUGGACACAUUUCUCGUGACUGCCCCGAUGGCGGCAGUGGAGGCCGAGGUGGCGGCGGCGGAUAUGGAGGUGGAGAUCGUAAAUGUUACGGAUGCGGAAACGUCGGCCACAUUUCUCGGGAUUGCCCGAAUUCCCAACGUGGUGGCGGCGGCGGUGGCGGUGAUGACGAUGAGGCCAACUACCGAUAAACAAGAACAAGACGAGUGAAAUAUAUUCUCUUUUGGUGUCGAGAUGUCAUGUAAUCUGCAGACUGGUGGUUUUUUCAUACUUGUGUGUCGUUUCGAAUUUCGCAUCACGAACUUAAUUACACGGUGGUAAAAGAA